AUGCCACAAUUAUAUUCUUUUCAUUUAAUUGAUUCUAAUGAUAUUCAUCUAAUUGAUCCAUUAACAUCUAAUCUACAAAUAUUAUCAAAUCUAACAUUAUCAUUCAUUAAUAAACGUUCAUCAAUUACAAAUCUUACUAUUUCUAGUUGUCCACUCGAUCAAUUAUUCCAUCAUGUGUUUAAAUAUACACCAAUAUUAACUUAUUUUAAUUCUCAAUAUUUUUCGCAACAUUAUAAUCAGACAAUAAAUUAUCCAAAUGAUAAUAUAAAUAAAGCUGUUCAUUUAAAAGAAUUAAGUAUAUUUAAUUUUAAAUAUAAAUUUGAAGAUCUCAAAAGAUUAGCAAAACAGACACCGAAAUUAACAAAUUUAAAGCUCUAUGAAACUUAUGAUUUAGAUAUGAUUAAUGUUAUUCAAUGGUAA